AUGUCCUCAAGCAAUCCUUCGGAGUCUGCUAUAUCAGCACAGGCGAGCUCACACCCUCAGAAUACCUCGUCCAGCAGGUCUUCCGAGAGAGGAAAUCCAUCAGAAGAUCGACGAUCGCAUUCGAACAAUUUUUCGAGGGGAAAGCACAGCCGUGGUCGAGGAGGUCGUCAGGGCAAGGCGAGAGAUCUGGGGCGGUCGGACUGGAGCAAGCAGAAAGGUGACAAGCGGCAACGGAAUGAGGAUGAGCAGGCAGCGAAGCGACAACGAGUAGAUCGGGGCGAUGCUGCGCUCCCGGUCUACGCUACCAAGUUUGCCGAAGAUGAGCUCAAGGCGGAAGAGAGGAAGCCAAAAAAGAAGGUUGCGGUCCUAAUUGGAUAUGCGGGUACAGGCUAUCGUGGCAUGCAACUGGCGCAUGAUCAGAAGACCAUCGAGGGCGACCUCUUCCAAGCCUUCGUGAGAGCUGGAGCGAUCUCUAAGAACAAUGCCGACGAUCCCAAGAAAUCCUCUUUCGUUCGAUGCGCAAGAACCGACAAAGGUGUCCACGCUGCCGGCAACGUGAUCAGCCUGAAGCUGAUUGUGGAGGACGAAGACAUCGUGAAGAAGAUCAACGAUAACCUUGUACCCCAGAUUCGGGUCUGGGGAUUUGAGAGGACCAACAACAGUUUCAGCGCCUACCAGCUCGUCGAUUCGCGCAUCUAUGAGUACUUGAUACCAUCACACAGCUUCCUACCCCCGCACCCACGAAGCUUCAUGGGUAUGAAGUGCGAGUCUUGGGCCAAGAAGAAGAACGACUAUGAAGCAUGGAAGAGUCGGCAAGAAGAGGUCGAGGGAUACUGGGAGAAGGUGGACGAAGAAGUCAUCAAGCCAAUCUUAGAGGAAUACGAUGAGCAUACGAAAAGCGUGCUGGAGAAAGCCUUGUUUCUUGAGAACCAAGAGCAAGGAGAUGGAGCUGCUGCGCCGUCGAAAGAAGUGAGCAAAGAUGCCAAGGGCUCAGACACCGCUCAUCCCGACACAAACUCGACAUCAGAAACGCCAAAUGAGAAGGACACAACUACUGAAUACAAACCGACCAGGUCACCAGCCAUCUCGGAGGGCACUAAGCGCCUGCGACAAGCCUAUCUACAGGCGAAGCGCGCAUAUCGGAUCCCAGAAAAGCGCCUCGCCCGUGUAAGAGACACGCUGAAGUUGUUUGUCGGUACUCGCAACUACCACAACUUUACCGUUCAGAAGACGUUCAAGGAUCCGUCAUCAAAACGAGUCAUUAAGUCGUUCGUGGUCAAUCCGGAACCAAUCCUCAUCAACGGCACCGAGUGGCUCAGCCUCAAAGUUCAUGGCCAAAGCUUCAUGAUGCACCAGAUCCGCAAGAUGGUUGGAAUGGUCGCUCUCAUCGUCCGAUCGGGUUGCGACCCUCAGCGGCUGGUGGAGAGUUUCGGAUCUGACCUUAUAUCUAUACCCAAAGCCCCCAGCCUGGGUUUGCUCCUCGAACGACCGGUUUUCGAUUCGUACAAUAAACGUGCCAAAGGCGACUUUGGUAGAGAUGCGCUAGACUUUGAUAAGUACAAAAGCGAGAUGGACGACUUUAAGCAGCGGGAGAUCUAUGAGCGGAUGUACCGGGAUGAAGAGCAGGACAACGUCUUCGGCAAUUUUUUCAACCACGUGGACGCUUAUCCGGAGUCGACAUUCCUGUACGUGACUUCUGGUGGAAUUGAGGCGACCAAGGAGAAGACUGAGGGGGGUCCCAACGUCAAAACAAGUGGCCAGGCUGGUGCUGAAGUGGAUGACGAGAGUGACGACGACAAUGGUCCAGAGAACGACAAGUUGGGUGAUGAGGGCUGA